CGCGAGCCUCUCUUCGAGGUGGUGUUCUCCGCCCUGCCGACAACGACAUCAACCUGCGCUGGCAUGCUGCCAUCGACGCCCGGAACCAACCAACGUUUCGUCACAGCCACAGCAAGAGAAAAAAUCCCCCGAACGGAACCAUUGAACGAGCGAACGCUGCCCUACCCCCGCACGCACGCAUCCUCACCCCGCCUCCCUCGCGUCAAACACACCGCCCACCACCCCUUUCCCCACCGACAUCUGCACACGUCGUCACAUCGACCAUCGACCGGCCCAUCGCCCGUCAUGUUCUGUCUCCGCAGGUUCGUAAUGUAAAUGCAUGGUUUUUAUUUAUGCAACCCGCAAGCCGCACCGACUGACAUGGCCUGUUAUCGCAGCUGGCUCCCGCUUCUAUUCAUCCCAACGUCGGCUUCGCCCGCGUUCAUAAUCCUCUUCCUGAUCUCGACAUACCUCUUCCAUCGCCCCUGUAUCUACUGCUCCUUGAUCAUGCUCACGCUGUUCUCGUCGAGCUGCUACUGGUCCGACCGUUGUUUCCUCGACUCCAACGAUGGCCGCUGGUUCGAGCCCCGACUAUACUCGCUCUCGACCGACGGUGCGCCGUGGACCGGGAUCGGCCUCGGGUGGCUACGGAAUGUGGUUGGAAGACGCGAGUGGCGGCUGCCAUGCGUGGACGUCAACGUCAGGCUAUAGACGGAAGGGUCACAUGUGGUACUAGCAGUGGUAGCAAAAAUCAGGCAUGGCGUUGUGGGUUGGUUUUCGUUUUCGUUUGCGAUGUUGUGUUUCUUCUGCUUCUGUAAGUUUCUUUGCAUUUGGCUGCUGGGCUGGGCUGGGCUGGUAUGGUCGGAUCGGAUGCGGGUGCGGGUGUCUUCAAAGUACCUAUUUCAUCUUGUAAUUGCUUUUGUUCUAUUAUUGCUAUGGAUGUGUGUUCUUCAUCGAAUGUGGCCAUAGACUCGGCUCAGGUGGGUUCUGAGGUUCCGUCCGUGCGUUAGAUUCCGCAGAGAGGAUGGAUGCCUAGGGAUCUCCGAGGUAAGGCUGUGGAUAUUUUAGCUAUAGGUGUGCCGCGUGGUGUAUUUUUAGAUCACAUGAUACCACUCGUAUACUUAUACUAUGGACGACGAAG